CCACCACUCGCGAUCGCUUCUCCUCUUCUCGUUACUUUCUGCCACGAGAAACCCUGACAAACCAGCAACAAUGGCCUUCCAAUCGCCCCUUUUCUCUCAGCUCAACGGCAUCACGGCCAAGGACGCAAAGGUCGCCCGGGCUUUCCCAAUCCAUGCGCCUGCCGAGGCUGGUGAGGCGCCAAAGGGUGUCGACCUCUUUGCCCGAUUCGCCUUUGCCGGCGCUGUUGGCUGCGCCAUCACCCACGGUGCCUUGACGCCCGUCGAUGUCGUCAAGACGCGAAUGCAGCUCGAGCCUGAGGUUUACAACAGGGGUAUGAUCACCGCUUUCCGCCAGGUCGUCUCCAAGGAGGGCUCCGGCGCUCUCCUCACUGGUCUUGGUCCCACAGCCGCCGGCUACUUCCUCCAGGGUGCUCUCAAGUUCGGAGGUUACGAGUUCUGGAAGAAGACUAUCAUCGAGCAGCUCGGCAUGGAGACGGCCGUUGCCAACCGUGGAGCCGUCUACCUCGCCGCCUCUGGUAUCGCCGAAUUCUUUGCCGACAUUGCUCUCUGCCCGCUCGAGGCUACCCGUAUCCGUCUCGUUUCUGAGCCCGGCUUCGCCAACGGUCUUUUCGGUGGUUUCGGCCGCAUCGCCAAGGAGGAGGGUCUCAAGGGCUUCUACUCAGGCUUCGGUCCCAUUCUCUUCAAGCAGGUCCCCUACACCAUGGCUAAGUUCUACUUCUUCGAAAUUGCCUUCGAGGCCCUCGUUAAGGCGACUGGCAAGCAGAAGGAGCAGCUCUCCUCGGGCGCCAUCACCGGCCUCAACCUCACCGGUGGUGUCAUCUCCGGUUGCUGCGCCGCCUUCGUCUCGCAACCUGCCGACACCCUCCUGUCCAAGAUCAACAAGACCAAGGCCCUCCCCGGCGAGACGACCACUGGCCGCCUCGUCAAGAUCGCCCAGCAGCUUGGUCUCCGUGGUCUCUUCGCCGGCAUGGGUGCCAGGUUCGUCAUGAUUGGUACCCUCACCGCCGGUCAAUUCGCCAUCUACGGCGACAUCAAGCGAGUGCUUGGCGCUACUGGUGGCUACGAGCUGGCCAAGGCGAAGUAAAAGAGCAACAGAGGCCGAAGUCUCGAGCAAAAACCAAAAUUGCAAUUUUCUCACCUAUCUCC